AUGCCGGCCGUACGCGAUCCCCUCAGCUUCCUCGCCAACAUGGCGCCCCGCGACUCCAGCCUUAGCCCCCGACAGCCUGCUUUCGACGUGCCAGCAAUUGUCUUCGAUGCGCCCAAGGCAGCCCCCAUUGCCAAGCGACAGAACGUCAUAUACGCCCAGCAGGGUAUAAUACCCACCUACUACAAUACCGACGGUCCCGAGCCCGGUACCGUUGUCGGCAUCGUGCUCGGCAGCGUCGCCGGCUUUCUCCUGAUCUGCUGGCUCAUCCAGUCCCUGAUGAACACCAACAACAAGACCGGUACAACCACAGCCAUGGCCGGAGAGGAAGAGAUUGUGGUGCGCAGGCCACGACGCAAUUCACAUGGCGGACGCUCGUCGCGACGCCGCUCGGAAGUCCGCGAGAUCAGCAGGAGCCCGAGGCGGAACAGUGGACGCUCGCAGAUCAUCGUUGAGGAGAGGAGGGGUGCGCCGCCGAGAGCGAGGAGUAUCAUUGUGGAGGGGCGGCAACGUGUUCCAGGCGAUGAUGUCGUGGAAGUAAUUGAGGAACACGACGAGUACCGCGAGAGGAGAGGCGCCCGGAGAGGCCCGGGAUAUCGGCUGCUUGAUCUCCCGAGAGAGCUGCGCGACAUCAUCUACGAAUACGUACUCACCGAGAAAGCUGGUCUCGUUGUCUUACGAUCGUCGCCCUCUCGUGUCCGCCCUCUGGACGAUCCGUAUGGCCCUGAUCCGAAUCGGCUGAAGCUGGUGUGUCAUCAGCUGUACCAAGAGACCACGGGUCUUGGCUUGAGAUACAACAAGUUGACUUUCGGCGGUUCGUUCGGCUUCGAUCUAUUCACAAAGUUCACCGAGAAACACUGCUCCCGUGCACAUUUCGGACGCGUCAGAACCAUCGUCAUCAUGCUGCUGUCACGCUACAGACUAUGUCUGGAGUUGCAAGCCGCGUAUGCUAUCGGCAAAGAGUAUCCAGCUCUGUCCGUCAAGGUGCAGUGUUGCUGGAUGACCGAACUAGGGUGCUUUGACCAAUGGCGUCUCCGAGGCAGUGAGAUUCAAUAUGCAGUAAGGGGCACAUUCCCCAGUCUCGCUACUGCUGCGAUCAAGGAUGUUGCGGGACGGAUUGGAUUCGCCAUUGAAGACGGACCUAAGACCGAGUACAAGAAUGUUCGAGUGUUUCCUGAGAGCUUCAACAAGGAAGCGCUCUGGCUCUCUGCUAUCAACUCUGAGAGAAAAUAUGCGGAUGAUUGGAUCACAUUGUUCGAGAAGUGGUCUAUCGAAGGUUUCUGA